UCUAUCUGAGAGCAGUGGUGCAAAGAGAUCCAUGUAUUUUCUGUUCCCAAGCAGCAGUGAGAGCACACCUAUUUGACAUCACAAAGGCAUAGGUGACAAAGACAGAGGCACAGACAUCAUUAUCAUCCAUUCCACAACAGGUGUUAAGAGCAUGAACAUGCAUGAGAGAGAAGUGUAAAGGGAGAGACUCAAAGAGAGGGAAAGACUGAAGGUGAGACGAGGCUGAAAGCAUGACAACGCCUCCUAUACCCCCCAGGAAGUCAUUCUUGGUGAAGUCGUCUACGGUCACCGGGUCCUGUGACCUCCCAUCCUUACAGGAGGAUUCAGAUAACCAAGAGGAAAACGCAUCAACGAAUGAUAGGGACAAUGGAAGCCUAUGGAAUAGCCAGACACCAGGGGCUGCAAUGUCAAGAAGCCAGUCUCCCUUUCGGCCAAACUUUGUGACUGCUAGUGACCGGAGGCCUCAGAUGUCAGAGCCCCAGACCUCCAGUCAGACUGGCUCCCUAACGGACUAUCAGAGUCCCCGUUUGAGCCCCCGUCCUGUUCGCCGCCCUCCAGUUCCUCCCAAGACCCAUGGCACUCUUCUAAGCCCCUCUCCAACUGCAAGCGGCGACUAUAACAAUGUUGAUCGAUCUAAACUUGGAAUGACUGAGAAGGCCUUAGAUGUGUAUGGCAAAAAUAAGCCCUCCCCUCCUCCUCUCCCAAGGCCUGUGAGACCCCCUCGGUCCCCCAUGAUGUCCCGCUCCUCUUCAGAGUAUGAGAGGACUCUACCUGAAAUGCACCUAUUACAACCUCAGGAUUCCAUAGAACGAAAGCACAGUCAAUCCCCUCGCCCUGCUCGACCCCCAGCUCGACCCAAAUCUGAAACCCAGUCCUUGUAUGGGGGCUAUGACGUCAAUAGAUCCCAGAGUCCGAGGCCCUCAAACACAGACAAUAAGAGGUCGCCUCACCCUUCACGGCCCCCACCACGGCCAGGAGGGCCCCCCUCCCACACCCUGUCCCGUUCCCCCUCAGGGAUCGAAACAACGACCACACAACUCCAACCCCUGCUGCAGCCCACCAACGGAAAAGGAGGAUCUCCGCCUGCUCGUCCUCAACUCCCACCCCCACCCUCGUUCACCCCCCCACCACCACCUGUAAAUAAACCACCACUGCCGUAUCGACCUACCACCAUCUUCCACUCAGAGUCAGUCUACAGCGAGGUCAGCGAGGUUCAGGACCAAUUAUCUUAUCUAGAAGUACUGCCUGAUGAGAACACAUUCCAGUUCAACGCAUCUAGCAGCGUUGACAAAACACAGGCAGCACCACAGUUCCAACCUGGUCAACGUUGUCAGAACUAUCAAUUCAAUAAGGAAGCAGAGCAGGAAUUUGAAAAUCUAAUGAGGUGGAUGAAGACAGUUGGAUGCUGGGAAAACAUGCCUCCUUCAUUUCAUGGCCUCAGUCUAGAGGAUGAAACCAGGGAGUUCAGCCAGAGGUGCCUCUAUGUGAAAAAUGGCCUCUGUCUGUUCCACUGCCUGCUAAUGAAGCGUAGCGAUACCCUGCGAGGCCACAUCACAGAGCUCAACGACCUUGCCGAGAAGCUGGACAAAGUGCAGAAGAAAACCAAAACCAUGAGCAUCGCAGGGGGCACCACGGGCGUAAUGGGAGGGGUGGUGGCCGUUGUGGGGAUUGUCCUCGCCCCCAUAACCAUGGGUGCCUCCCUCAUAGGGACGGCAGUUGGGGCGGGCAUGGUGGCUUCGGGUACUGGUAUGGGCAUCAAAGCGACCGUGGACAACAAAAUCAACUCUGUGGACAGAAAGAGGCUGGAGGAGGUGGUACAAAAGUACACAGCUGAGAUAGCAGACGUGGAGUUGUGUCUUUGCUUCAUCCACAGUGGGAUGGCUGAGCUGAGGCGGUAUAACUUCCACAGGCUCCAGCAUGCUGAUCCUGAGGCCCUGCGGAUAGCCAGGGUGGCGGAGGCAGUGCAUCCUGGGUGUAAUAAGUCCCAACAGUUGGGCAUGAAGUCUAAGAUGAUCCUGCAAGGAUUUGCCGGAGACAUGGACCUGUAUUAUACUGACAAGGAUGGCCAGAGGCUGAAAAAGGGCUCUGAGACUAUGUUUGCCACCAGGAUCCGUGGUGUGACCCAAGAGCUACAGGAGGAGCUCAAUGAACUGCACCAAGUGUGGCAGACUUUCUUUCUAGCAGCCAGUAGAUUUUGAGGUGUGUGUCUGCCGUCGUUAUUGCAGUAAAUGUCUGGCAAUUUUUUGGACACAUGCAAGAUAUUGUUUGUUUUUUUUUGGGGGGGGGGGGGGGGGGGGGGGGGGCGUAGGGAGGUGCUCAUUUUUGAAGUGGGCUGCCCUAAUGAAGCCUACAUGAAGCCAGACUUUGCUGACAAAUUGCUGAAAUUUCAGCCCCUGUGAACAGCCUUGGUUAUCAGUGCAAACUUGCAGUACUAAUAUUUGGGAGUCUCAGCCAUGUACAUAGGCUGACAGUAAGUGGCUUUCAGAUUGCAGGCCUGCAUAGGACAAAGGCAAAGCAGCUGUACUGCUCGGUGUCCGCUGUUUUGGGCAGCUUUGCUGUAUGGAUUCAUGUAUGGAUACAGCUUUGCUGUAUGCUGUCAUGCGAUUUGUGGUUUCAAAUAAAGUAUUUAAAAUGUAAGAGUAUGUGUGAAAUGUUUUAUUAUGCAGUGUGUACUGCUGAGAAUAUCCAUGGGACAUUUUAUCUAUAUCCUAUUUGUGAAUGAUCUGAAUAUUA